UCCUGAGCUUGAAAUCCUCUUUACGGCUUCGGUCUUGAAAUCUGCGUAGUGAAGGAUGGCAACGACACCGAGCUUGAAAUCCGCCCAAUUUACUCACUGCCCCCAAUUCCAAUGGAGAGAUCUAUAGUUUCCGGCUGGAGCUCUAGAGCUGGCAAUCGGCUUUGAGGGGAGUUCAUUGGAAACCCAAAUCUCCCUGUCGUGCGGUAAAAGAGAGCAAGCGGGAUUCGGGAAGAAAACCCGAUGGAACUUGUCUCCAGCUGAUACCAGGACACCGCUUUCCCAGGCCUCUUCCUCCUUGUGGAUUCGUAGGGAAAUGAUAUCCAGCUCAAGCCACAAGUGGUGUUAACAGCACAUGGAGGUUCAAUAAAUGCCAAAGGAAACUUGAAUCUGGAAAGGCUUGAAGUGACAAAAUGAGAGUGGAAAAAAUAAUUGUAUGUGGUAAGGCUCUUUUAGGGCAUAAAUGGCCUAGCUCCAGCAUUUUGGUUCCUCCCCUGUAUAGGGCACUUAGUACAUUGGGUUACCGAAUAUUAAAGUCUCCUCCUCUGGUUUCUCUUGAUCAUCCUGAUGUCUGGUCUAUGUCUCAUGGUUUUGGUCAUCCUGACAAUGCAUCACUUGCCCAAAAAUGUACUGCUAGCACUACUGCUAGAAUAAUUGAUGGCAAGUCUGUGGCUGUGGAAAUUAGAAUAGAAAUAGCCAAUGAAGUAAGACGAAUGAAAGAAUCCACUGGGAAGAUUCCUAGCUUGGCUGUGAUACUGGUGGGACAAAGAAGAGAUUCACUUACAUAUGUGCGCAACAAAAUUAUGGCUUGCGAAGAGGUUGGAUUCAAAUUUGCAUUGAACCAUCUGCCUGAAAACUGUAGAGAAGAGGAAAUCUGCGAUAAAUUGUCGAGUUUUAAUGAAGAUCCAUCAGUGCAUGGUAUUCUCGUACAACUUCCUCUUCCACAGCAUUUGGACAAGGAAAAGAUACUGAAUAUGGUAAGCAUAGAAAAAGAUGUGGACGGAUUCCAUCCACUGAGCAUGGGAAACUUGGCCAUACAUGGUAAAGAACCGCUGUUCAUCCCAUGUACUCCUAAAGGAUGCAUUGAGCUGCUGCUUAGGUCUGAUGUUGAAAUCACGGGGAAGAAGGCUGUAGUGAUUGGAAGGAGCAAUAUUGUUGGAUUGCCCAUGUUUUUGCUGUUGCAGAGGCACCAUGCAACAGUUACCAGUGUGCAUGCAUUUUCAAAGGACCCAGAAGUUGUUGCCCGGGAAGCUGACAUUUUGAUUGCUGCAGCAGGGGUGCCUAAUUUAGUUCGGGGCAGCUGGAUAAAGCCCGGUGCUGUUGUUGUCGAUGUUGGCACUACUCCAAUAGAGGAUGAAGAGAAUGAGAAUGGUUACAGGCUGGUUGGUGAUGUUUGCUUUGAAGAGGCAGUGAGAGUAGCUUCUGCAAUAACCCCUGUACCGGGAGGGGUCGGUCCCAUGACAGUUGCAAUGCUGCUCCUCAACACACUUGAAGCAGCAAAACGCGUGUAUCGCUUCUUUUAACCCGAGACUACCCCCCGUGUUCGAAUGUAAAAGGAUCUCAGAACUCGGUCAUGAACAUAAUCUCUGUAUCACUAUUCUCCUACAUUUCCUAAUAAUCCUCUUUUUCAUACAUCCUUUCCUACACAAUGCGUAAUCAUAUCUAUUGCGAAGCAUUCAUUUUCCUCUAAUGUUUUCCUCCCAUUUGCAAAACUCUGUCUGUUUCUUGUCAAGGAAAUCAAAGCUCACCUCCACC